UAGUCAACAGUGCAAUGAUAAUAAAUAAUAAUAGUUAAUGAUUACAAGCUACGUAAGCCAUAGUGUGAACAUAAAAAAUAACUGAUAAUUAGAGUUGUUUAUGCACUGAGAUUCACCGGCUGCAAAUUCUUGUUAUUCUUAACUAUCAGCAGUGUAAUUCCUAGAUUGUUAUCUAGAUUGCCGAGUCACGACGUCAGUUAAAAUUAAUAAUAAUCAGCGAUGAUAAGUCAUAUUGAUUCAAAAUGUCAGUCGGGGUAGUAGCAAUAAAACAGAGUUUGUUGAUCCUGGUGUGUAUCUCGUUGAGUUCCGCGGAUCCUCCGGGAGGAACCAACAAAACAGUAAAGACUCAUCUACCGCUGCUACGAAUCCCAGAGAGUUACGUUCCAAAAAAUAAUUCUCUGGAGGCAAAAUGCGACCACCAAAUCCAAAUUUUCGAGAACUCGCUCCAAAAGUUCGAGCUCUGGGCGCUGGAAAUGUUUGACGCGAGCUCAAAGAUUCCCUCGGGGAUUUUCCAGGGGAACAUCAAGGACCUGGGGAUGUACGACCAGUGCCUCAAGGUCAACGUCACUGUCGGGAACGAGACCAUCAGAGGGAAGCACUGCAUGUACACCCUCGUGGGGGAAUUCAAUGCAACAAAGCUGCCUUUUAAUCCUGCUCUGAGUGUCUGCUUACCAGCGACCUGCAGCCCAAAGCAGGUCAAGGAGAAGAUGCAGAAGCUGAUUAACAUGACUGAACCGUUCCUGGGCGGCAUCAAGAUCCAGGUGAAAGACGCGACCUGCUCUGAAGUUGAUGAUCAGCCCUGGGAACUUGGUGCUAAAGUCACUCUUGGACUCUUCGGAGGUCUUGUGACCUUCCUAUUAAUCUGCACCUUCUGUGACCUCCUAUCACGAAUCACCAGCAUCAACAGCAGCUUGGUAAACACUCUUUGCAAAUUCUCAUUAAUCGUCAACGGCCAACGCAUCCUGAGCACUAAAGCCGGCAAAGGAAACCUACCAGCCAUAUCAGGCAUCAGGUUCUACAGUAUGUGUUGGGUCAUCCUAGGACACACUUACAUCCACAGUUUUUUCGGCAGUGUUGUGAAUUCUGCUGAUGCUUUGCCAUGGUUCCGCUCCUGGGGUGCUAUAAGCAUCCUUACAGCUCCUUUUGCAGUGGAUACAUUUUUUGCAAUGAGUGGUUUCUUGACUUCAUACUUGUUUUUUAAAGAAAUGGCUCGUGGACGGAAUUUUAAUAUAUUUUCUUACUAUAUUCACAGAUAUAUAAGAUUAACACCGGCGUUUAUGGCGCUGCUGUUAUUUACAACCUUCCUGCUGCCAAAAUUGGGCUCAGGCGCCCUCUGGCAGUCAAUAACCACAACCGAGAGUAACUACUGCAAACUCAACUGGUGGCCGAUGCUCCUUUAUGUUCACAAUUACGUUUACAAAGAUGGUAUGAUGUGUAUGGGCCACUCCUGGUACCUGGCAGUGGACAUGCAACUGUUCUGGGUGAGCCCAUUAAUCAUCUAUCCGCUUUACAAGAAGCCCAAGCUAGGAUUAAUCAUCCUCUCCGCCGCCAUUGCUGCGUCGAUGAUCACGCCAGCUGUUGUAGCGGCUGUUAAUAAGUUCACUGUUUCUUUGGGAGUCACUGGCGAUCUUGAUAGCGUAAUAGACAUGAUGCUUUACUUUUACAUCGUUACUUACACUCGAGCUGGGCCCUGGGUCCUAGGAGUCUUAUUGGGGUAUAUUUUGGCAACCGGUAGGAGAAUCCCCACUCCUGGAAAAAGGAAACUCGGCUGGAUUUUGGCGAUUCUGGCCUUUGCGUACUCGUUUUUUACCUACAGAAUCUACCAACAAGAAGACUACCAGUGGAAUAUCUACUGGGAAACCUUCCAAGCUGCGUUUGCUAGGAAUAUCUGGGCGUUUGGAGUCUGCUGGAUCAUCUAUGUGUCUGCUCUAGGCCACGGAGGAAUACUGUCUAAAUUUCUUUCACUACCGAUCUAUUUGCCCUUCAGCAGAUUAUCAUACUCAAUGUAUCUCCUUCACUACCAAAUUCAGACGAUUAGAAUAGCAUCUUCCCGAAUUUCAGCCUACUUUAGUGACGUUCAGAUGCUGGAAGGAUUCAUCAACGACCUGGUAAUCUGCUUCCUCAGUGCAUUUGUCUUCAGCCUGAUCUUUGAGUCGUCAUUUUUGGUGCUGGAAAAGUUGAUCCUUACUAGAGAAGGAAAAGUAAAUCAACGCGAGACUGUUGAUAAAAAUAAUUUUGAGAAAUUGCAGGAAGGAGAUGCUUCAGUUGAGAACGGAGUUGUUAAUAAUGGAUUUGAGAAGUACGAAAUGUCAGUCGGGGUGGUAGCAAUAAAACAGAGUUUGUUGAUCCUGGUGUGUAUCUCGGUGAGUUUCGCGGAUUCUCCGGGAGGUACCAACAAAACAGUAAAGACUUAUCUACCAUCGCUACGAAUCCCAGAAAUUUACGCUCCAAAAAAUAAUUCUCUGGAGGCAAAAUGCGAGCACCAAGUCAAAAUUUUCGAGGACUCGCUUCAAAAGUUCGAGCUCUGGGCGCUGGAAAUGUUUGAUGCGAGCACAAAGAUUCCCUCGGGGAUCUUCCAGGGAAACAUCAAGGACCUGGGGAUGUACGACCAGUGCCUCAAGGUCAACGCCACUGUCGGAAACGAGAUCAUCAGAGGGAAGCACUGCAUGUACACCCUUGAGGGGAAUUUCAAUGCAACAAAGCUGCCUGUUGAUCUUGCUAUGAGUGUCUGCUUGCCAGCGACCUGCAGCCCGAAGCAGGUCAAGGAGAAGAUGCAGAAGCUGAUGAACAUGGCUGAACAGUUCCUGAGCGGCAACAAGAUCCGGGUAAAAAAUGCGACCUGCUCCGAAGUUGAUGAUCAGCCCUGGGAACUCGGUGCUAAAGUCACUCUGGGCUUCUUUGGAGGCCUUGUGACCUUCCUAUUAAUCUGCACCUUCUGUGAACUACUUUCAAAGUUCACCAGCAUCAACAGCGGCUUGAUCAACACCCUCGGCAAAUUUUCAUUCAUCGUCAACGGCCGAAACAUCCUGAGCACCAAUGCCCCUGAAAAAAACUUAACAAUCAUUGCAGGCCUCAAAGUCUACGGUAUAGCCUUGAUCGUCCUAGGACACAGAUACUUUACAACAUUCACAGGUAGUGUUGUUAAUCUUGCUGAUACCGAGCCGUGGUGCCGCUCUUGGAUAGCAACCUUUAUCUUUACUUUUCCUCAGUAUUCGGUAGAUACAUUUCUUACAAUAACUGGAGUUUUAACUUCUUACUUGUUUCUCAAAGAAAUGGCCAGGGGGCGCAAGUUUAACAUUUUUUUCUACUAUUUUCAUCGAUAUUUAAGAUUAACCCCUUUGUUCAUGGCACUGAUGUUAAUUACAACAUUCCUGCUUCCAAAACUGGGUUCAGGCGCCCUCUGGCAGACAAUAAUGACCACUGAGAGUGACUUUUGUAGACGCGAAUGGUGGCCGAUGCUCCUAUAUGUUCAUAAUUUCAUCUACACAGACGGUAUGUCAUGUCUACUCCACACCUGGUACCUAGCAUUGGACAUGCAACUCUUUUGGGUGAGCCCAUUAAUCAUCUAUCCGCUUCACAAAAAGCCCAAGCUGGGAUUAAUCAUCCUCUUGGCCGCCAUUGUUGCGUCGGUAAUCACGCCAGCUGCUGUAGCGGCUGUCAAUAAAUUCUCUACAGCCUUACAACCGAAGGAUAGUGGUGAUAGGUUGAUGUUGCUGAACUUUUACAUCUUAACUUACAACCGCGCUGGGCCUUGGUUGCUAGGAGUCUUAUUAGGAUACCUUUUGGCAACCGGUAAGAGACUCCCUAUCCCUGGAGGAAAGAAACUUGGCUGGAUUUUGGCGAUUCUAGCCUUCGCGUACUCGUUUUUUACGUACAGAAUCUAUCAACAAGAAGACUACAAGUGGACCAUCUACUGGGAAUCAUUCCAUUCUGGUUUCGCGAGGCAUUUCUGGGCGUUUGGGAUCUGCUGGAUCAUCUAUGUGUCUGCUCUAGGCCACGGAGGCUUCGUGUCCAAGUUCUUGUCACUGGGAAUCUACAUGCCUCUCAGCAGAAUAUCAUACUCAAUUUAUCUGCUGCACUACACCUUCCAGACCACCAAAAUGGCCUCUAGUAGAGUGCCCUCCUACUUUAAUAACUUCGAGCUGCUCCAAGUCUAUCUCAGCGAUAUGUCAGUCUGCAUAAUCGGCGGGUUUCUCUUCACACUGAUUUUUGAGUCGCCAGUUGUGGUCCUGGAAAAAUUGAUAUUCUCCAGGACAAAGCCAACUAAUAAAUCUUCAGAUCUUCCAAAAGAAACUACUUUUAACAACGAGAUCAUCAUUCCUGCAAAUGAAAAACAGCUUGAUUAAA